AUGGCGCGCAAUAAAAGGCCAGAGAACCCAAUUAACGACGACAGCAGCGAUAGUACCGAUCACGAAAGCCAGACCGCGCGUCCACGCCAUCCUACUAAUCUCGGACUCCUCCUUCACAGUAUAUAUAUCCAACGAAAUGACAACAAAGCUCACACAGCCAAUGAACCCCGACCGCGGAUGCGAGCUCUGCGUGAACCGAUAAAGCAUGGGAAGGAGGUAGAUGGCAGCGAAAACGGCCAUCACGUAGGGAUUGCCGUUGCCGGCUCGAUACGCGAGACCGCCCCACACCGCACCGAGGAUCGUGCAGAAGCAGCGCGCGAAGAGGUCGAGGAAUGUGCCGCCUACGCGCGGGUGCAUCAUUAUCCAGGCUGUGACGACGACCCACCAGCUUUCGUUCUGGGUCCACCAGGCCGGGAUGGAGAGGAGGGUUGUGACGAGGGUGACUUUGAAGGCGAAGCGGCUUUCGAAACCUUGGAGCCGGUGGAGGAUCUGCCAUAG